AUGUCGGUUGCUUCGGGUGUUGUAACAGAAGGUCAAAUUCGAGAACCAGUGGUCAAAAGCACUGAUAUGAAUGAAGAUAUGCAACAAGAUGCUAUACUGAUUGCUAAUGAUGCCCUUAAUAAAUUUAAAGUUGAAAAGGUUAGUAAAUUUCCAACUUUUGCUGUUAACGUACAGUUUGUGAAAGCGGAACAAUUAUUUCAACAUAGGCAAUCGUUUUGA